CAUGUCUUAAAAAUCAGAACAUAUUAAUAUAGAUAUUAAUUAAAUAUGUUAUUUCAAAACGUAUUUUCUACAUGGUUGUUACUGAAUGUUUCUGUUUUAUCAUUACCAUUGCAUAAAGUUGAGUAUUAAUAUUUUAUUAAUUGCUAUUAUUACAAUCUUUUUUACUAAUCUUUCUCUAUGCAGAUCAAUUUACGAGAUAAAAAAGUAUUCGAGAUUGCCUCUGAUAAUAAAGAUUAUGAUGAACAAAGUGAAAAUGAAAUGAUACAGCCUAAAGAAUUAAGAAAUUUAAACUUUUAUAUAGAAGAUGAAAAUAGAUACAGACCACUACAUUCAUAUGUAGACAGUUACAAUAAACAUGAAACCAUAAAUAAAAUACAGCAUACAAAUAUGUAUUUCCAUUUAAAAUCAAAAAUAUGGGAGAACUCUAAUAUAGGGGAAGAUGAUGCACCAUUUAUUGCUGGUUUUAAGGAAAAUCUUGAUAAAAUUAUAAAAGACAGGAAUUCAAAAUUUGCAAAAUAAUUCUUCUUUUUCAAAGAUAACUAAUGUUGCUGCUAAUAUCAAUAAGAAUAAAAGAUCAAUUUCUGCAAACAUAUUUGAAGAAGAUCCUAGAUAUGCUGAUAGUACAGAACCAGGAGAAGAA